GUUUCCGAGCGGAAGGACGACGCGGGGUUUCUGGGAAGUGGCAGCUUCGCUCCACGGGCUUUCCUCGGGCUUCGCUUUCCGCGUCCGGGUCGUCGCUCCACUCCGCCUGAGGCGACGCGGUGAGCUCCGGUGGGGUCGACGAGAAACCGUCUCCAGGCUGUUGAUGCUUCUUGAUCCUCUGUGCAUGUUUACUUGGAAGAUGUCCCAUAGAAUAGGUUUUACUUCCAAAGAAAUCAGAUCAAGGCUGAAAUAACUGCAACAGUUUGGAUUGCUGAUCUGUCCUAUGUUGAAUGUGACAUUGGCCAACAGCUCCUUAAUGAUGAGGAAUAGCUGAGUACCUUCUGGUUGUCCUGUGAAUCCUAUGUUUAGGGUGAAAUAUUAUGAAGCUAAUGUAUAGUUCGUGGAGCAACGGUUUUGGCCUUUGAUUUAUUUGUACUUCCCAUUUGGUCUGAGAUGGAGGAAGAUUUGACUAUCCCAAUUUGGCAGAACAAACCUUGUGGUUCAUCACGCAGCUUUGUGAGAAGAAUUGGGACAAAUCUUCCUUUAAAACCAUGUGCUAGAACAUGCUUUCAGGCACUACCAAAUGUUUCAGAUCUCUACUUAAAUGACACACCCCCUGUCCCCACUCUGGCAGAUGUUGCAUGGAUAGCUUCAGAUGAUGAAGAAACAUACGCUAGAGUCAGAACAGACGCUCGUCCACUAAAGCACAAGUGGAAACCUACCCCACUGUUUGUUAUUCAACGGAAUGCCUCUGUCCCAAAUUUGAGAAAACAAGAAGAAAAGUUGUUGGCUUUGAAGAAACCCGGUUUACCUGCUCUGAGCCGAACUACAGAACUUCAGGAAGAGUUGAGUCACCUGCGGAGUCAGAUUGCGAAGAUUGUAGCUGCAGAUCCAGCUUCCUCUUCAUUAACGCCAGAUUUAUUAUCUCCAGGAAGUUCAAAUGUCUCUUCUCCCUUACCUUGUUUUGGAUCCUCAUUCCAAUCUACAACUUCCUUUGUCAUUAGUGAUAUCACAGAGGAGGAGGCAGAAUUAGAAAGCCCAGAGCUUCCAUCCGUUUCCAUGCUUUGUUCUGCAACCUCUGAAUGUUGUAAAGCAGACCCAAAGGAUUCCGACGACGAAGAUUCGGUGUCUCUGUCAAAGGCCAGCAGUUUUGCAGACAUGAUGGGCAUUCUUAAAGACAUUCAUAGGAUGAAACAGAACAAAGACUUGAACAGAACUUUACUGAAAGAGGAGGAUCCUGCCAUUCUUAUAGCAGAAGUUUUAAGAAGGAAAUUUGCAUUGAAGGAUGAAGAUGUGGACAUGAAAAAGAACUGACAUUAUGCUCAGUUAUUACCUUGUAAAGCAAAUUAUUGUGCUCCUAAAAUAUUUCUCCACAGUUGGCUGCCUUCCUUGAGCAUCAAACAACCUUUAGGGAUUAGGCUUUGUGUGUAUGUGUGUGGAAAUAACUCCUAUGUGAGAGAAACUGUCAUUUUGCUAUGUUUUUUCCACAUAGCCGAUACGACUUUUUAAAAAGCUAAAUAGUUUUCCACGUUUUGAACUGAAGCAUUGUUAGUAAACAAACUUGGACAAUGAAAAUUGCCCGUGACUGACUUAGUGGUAAGUUAAAAAUGACUUGUUCAUAAUUUUGCUGCAAUUCUGAAGCCUGCGAUACCUUACUAAGAUAUUUUUUUCCUUACAACUUCAAGUUAUAGGUAAAGCUUGUUGAAAAAAUGCUUGUUUUCAGAAGACUUUUCCCACAACUAACUUUUCUUUUGACAACAAUUAUUGUGUGCUGUUGAGGAUGGGAGGGGAUGUAAAGCGCCUAGUCUAAACUUUUGAAUUUUAAACCUGGCUGUUCAUAAUGAGUCUUUCCAAGACAGUGAAAAGCUUUGCUUCAGCAUUUCUUCUCUCCCCUCCCCCGCCCCUUUCUCCAUGUUUAAACAAAACACAAACUUUGUACCUUCUUGCUCUUCCCCUUUGCCACAGGGUCAAGCAGACCAAAUGAAUAAAGAAUGAACAAUAUAGUAUGAAGGUCCCCUUGGAACAGGACUAAAUAGCUUGAAUAGCUUAUGAAGUUGAUAAGAUAUCCUAGCACUGAUGUUUAGCACAAGGAAAGGGAGGCAUAGACUGUUAUUGGACUGUGCUGGGGGCCUUCUUCUUAGUCCAGAGAUAACUGAGAGAUGUUUAAAAGCUCACUAUGUAGCACUUGUAACCUGGUGGUGAGAUGGUCUCAUGUAGCCUCUGACCACAUGCUCAAAUAUAUUACGACUAGUACCUCUUCACUGUAUCUGCUUGGAAAUCUACAGAAGUAGAAAAGCAAAAGUAAGAUUAUAUUUUACAGUAUAUAUUAAAAGCCAUCUGUGCACAGGCAGAUAUCUCAUAAGGGGUGAAUGUACUGUGACUUCAGUACUGAUGCUGUCAGUUAUCUGAGGGCAUCAUGUUCUUUUAGAUCACCAAUGUGAAACUGGUACAUUACAUCAUUAUCUGUUUCCUGUGUAGCAUAGAGCAGAUUCCAUUUGAUGCAUUCUCCUUUUUCACACCCUUAAUAUUCUACGUAGCUAUUCAUAACUAUUUGGUACCUUUGUAUCUUAGAACAUAUUUAUCUUAGUAAGAACUUUGGUUGUGGAUUAGACCAGCCAUCCCCAGCCUGGUGCUCUCCAGAUUUUUUGGACUAUAAAUCCCAGCAUUCCUGGCCAAUGGCCAUGCUUGUUCAGACUGAUGAGAGCUGAAAUCCAAAACAUCUGGAGGGCACCAUGUUGGGGAAGGAUGGAUUAGACUAAGAGCUCAUUAAAUACUCAUUGAAUGGAGAUUUGAAAUAAAGUCUCCCUUUCCCAACAUUAAGGCCUGCAAGGGGAAAAAGACAUGAUUUAAGAACUAGUAAUGCAAACAAACAGGUUUUUUAGACAAAAAACAUGUAUACUUAAAAGGAGGAGGGGCCCUGCUCAUCCAGUUUGUGCAGGUUCUACUACUUACUUCUACAUAUAGCUGCAUAUUUUGCCAACAGAAAUAGUUUUCCUUACCAUAUUUCCAUUAUUAGACACAUUAAAGACGCCAGCAUACAGAAUAGCUUGAAUAUGCUGUAUACAGCCAUAAACAACACAUACAUACACAUAUAUAUGUGCAUACACAAUGCAACUACCGUCUCAAGUCUGCAUCAGUUUGUUUUGUUAACUAUGCAUUGAGAGCAUUUAUCCCACAGAGCAAUUACGAGUUAGUGUUUAAUGACUCUAUUGCCUUCUGAAUCCUCUGUGAAUAGCAAGUCAUAACAUGACUUCUGACUAACGUCUGUUAGAACAGACAAUCUCAUGCCUGGAUCUAUGUGGGGCCCUCUCUCUGCAGAAUAACAAGCCCCAGAGCACUCCGUAUAAGAAGGGCUCGAUACUGUGCUACUUUUGUGCCGAAGAGGCUUCUUUUGCAAAGACGGUUCACCUUGUCCACGAAAAAAACAGUUAGAAAUGACUUUGUGACCCUCGGAGUCCUGGGUGAACAGGAGACUUGCUACAUCUACGUGGCUGGUCUCAUGCCCUUCAUCAGAAUUAGAAAUGGCAUCAUUGGUUUUCAGACAGAGUCCAGAUGCAGUUAUAUUAAAACUCUUCAAAGUCUUCAUUUUUGUUAUACUUUUCUCCAGCUGAGGAUCUAUAUUCUCAGAAUUAGAGGAUGGGCAUCUGUGUUUUCUCUGAGCCUUGGUUCUUCUACUUGAAACUAUCUGCAGGUGUUGACUAUCCAGCGGAAACAAGGUUGUGUUUGUUUCUCUCUUCCGACCACCAUUUUGCUCUAUCAAAGGAGAAUAAGAAAUAGCUGCAUGAUCAAGAACCCUCUUUUGUUCUAGGUGCUGAAUUAAGUCCAAGGAGAGAGGGUCUCCCCGCUCUGCAACAGAGACUUUUCCCUUGGUAUCUGGCAGGAUACAGCUGUUACUUUGGGCUUGAGUAGGGGCAGAACACCAAGGGGGAAGGCAUACGCCUUGCGUUUUCUGUUGGCUCCACUCUUCCAAGUCCAGUGGCUGAGAAGAAGCUGGCAAUGGGGCUUUCUCCCUGCUAGGCAGUUCAUGGUCUUUCAGGUUGGAGGCACUGUUGGAUGCAACAGUCAAUAGCCUUUUAUGGGUGUUGGUUUUCUUCUCCUCUGCAAGAACAAGUCGACAGGUCAAAUAUACAUCUUUUACUACAUAGCUUAGAACGGCAAGUACGAAACAGCCUAUUCCCUACUCCAAAGCCCAAAUGUGGGCAAUUUAGAGGAACAGAACAGCCCCCAAUAAGCUAACCAAACCACCUGUAAGCCCAAAGUACCUACUAGUAGGGGAGGUUGCCUGCUACCUCUUGCAUGCCUUACUGCUCAGCCCUUGCAAUCAAGACUCCACUGGGAGACUAGUAGUUCUACUUUGUCCCUAGUCUGGGUGAGUACAUCCCAUUUUUAUUCAGAAAAAAGUAGUAUGCCUUAACUAACAAAAGCUUAGGAGACACUGUAGCAGAUGCAAGAACCCUUCUGGAUAACUGAAGAAAGUAAUGAUAGAAGUGCUGAUGCAGGGCUCUCCCCCAUACGCACCGCUACACUUAGUGGCAAAAUCAAUACACAAAGCGACACCUUAGAGAAGGCCACCAGAGACCAAACACUUUCCUGCAAGAUCUCAGUAGCUCCCACUUCUUGCCCGUCCAUGGGGGUGAACAAGCAACGAACAGCUGCUCUUCCCUCCCUAAAAAAAAAAAAAAGUGACUUGAAAGCAAAGUAGAGUCACGUCUUGCUGCUUUCCUCAAUUACCUUUUCCCAGCUGCCUCAUUUUUUGAGAUGAUUCAAAAUUACCCAUGAAGGAGUAGUGUACUGUUAGGAAAACGGUGGAGAAGCAAAGCUUUUUGAAUGACCUUGUGUGUUUUUGUAUAGUGUAUUCACGAUGAAAGGUGCAAUGCAAGCGUGAAAUAAUAAAUCCUCUUAUACAAA